UUGUAUGCUGAUUGAAACGUGACAGGACUCUGGUAGAGAAAGUUGUUUACGUGAAAUACUGUAUAAAGUUAAUCAAAAAUGAGGGAUACUCCGCUGUCGAACUGCGAGAGGCUUUUUCUUCUUAAAGCUAUAGAAGAGAAAAAACGCCUAGAUGGCAGACAGACGUACGAUUACCGUAAUAUUAAAAUCACAUUUGGAACCGAGUAUGGUUGCUGCAUUGUGGAACUUGGAAAAACAAGGGUGUUGUCUCAGGUAUCCUGUGAGUUGGUCCCUCCAAAAGAUUCGCGUCCCACAGAAGGCAUCGUGUUUUUCAAUUUGGAGUUGUCUCCCAUGGCAUCACCCGCCUUCGAGCCUAACAGGCAGUCAGAGUUGUUGGUGACAUUAAACAGACAGCUUGAGAGGUGUCUGAGGAAUUCUAAAUGCAUAGACACUGAGUCUCUCUGUGUUGUUUCAGGAGAAAAGGUUUGGCAGAUACGUGUUGACGUUCAUGUGUUAAAUCAUGAUGGAAAUUUGAUGGAUGCAGCGAGCAUUGCUGCUAUAUCCGCGCUCUCACAUUUUAGACGGCCGGACGUUGCUAUUCAGGGACGAGAUGUCACUAUGUUCAGCCCAGAGGAGAGGGAUCCUAUUUCAUUGAGUAUUUAUCACAUGCCUAUCUGUGUUAGCUUCGCUUUCUUCCUCCAGGGCUCUUAUUUGCUUGUGGACCCUUGUGAACGAGAGGAGCGUGUAAUGGAUGGAUUAUUGAUGAUAGCUAUGAACAAACACAGAGAGAUCUGCUCCAUUCAAUCCAGUGGAGGAAUCAUGCUUCUGAAAGACCAGGUUUUAAGAUGCAGCAAAAUAGCAAGUGUAAAAGUGUCUGAAGUUACAGAGCUCAUCAACAAAGCUUUAGACAAUGACAGAAAAAUCAGAAAGGAGGGUGGAAAGUUUGGCUUUGCUGAGUCCAUGCCCAAAGAGCGAAUCACAACCCUUAAGAGAGACAAAGCCCCGGUGGAGAUGACAGACGUCAAGGAAACAGCCAGUGAGAUUGUGAACAGAACAGAAACCCCCACAGAGGCUGUGGACUCUCCUGUUCUUGUUGCCACGGGAACUGCACAGGUAGGUGAAGGCCUUGUGAACUCAUGGGGACUCGAGGAGGAUGAAGAAGAUGAACCUCAGAUGACCGAGGACAGGAAGAGAGCAGGUGAAGUGAUGGUAAUCUCUGACAGUGAAGAGGAGGAAGUUGUCAUUCUUAAUCAGGAAGCCCCGAAAUCCAAGAAGACUUCUAAAAAAUGAACUUCAUUGAAAAGGAAAAGGAGGAUAUAUGCAUGUUAAAGGCUAUCUAUCAAAAUAUAUCAAUGACUCAGACCACGUUCACUGGAAAGUAUUUGUUUGUGCUUUGUUUUUUGUAAUAUAAAAUAAAAAAUUAU